CUCUGUAUCGCCUUCGUAUCCGUUUUGUCAUCCUCACGCUCUAUCUACAGUUAUCAGCGCAAAAAAUCUUGAAAUCCCUUUCGACCGCAUUCCCGCUGGCAUUUACAUAUCCAUCGAUGUCGACUCGAGGAGAUGCUGGAAAUCAGCCAUCAAAGUCUUACCAUCCGACAAAUCUGUAGCGUGGGGUGAUGUUGUGACCCUGUAAAAUACAAGAAAACUUUCGGGGCGUGAUUCGAGAACUGAUCUUUGAUUUACAGAGCAUCACAGGCGUCGUGUGCAUUAUCAAUCGAAAUCAGGGCGUCCUAUGAGCUCAAUCGAAUGUUGGGCAAUGGCGAAGUCAUCGGAAAACUCGAAACAUCGCGAGAUGAGUUGCUUGAUCAUGGUGAUGAGCCUUUUGAACUGUCCUUCCCACCUGUUCGUGGUGUCCACCCUUCCCUCACGUUAAAGACUGCUGUUGUACAUGCCUGCGACGAUCAGGACGGCGCACUGUUUGUUUCCCUCGUAGACAGCGAGAUUGCUCGAGAGACAGAUGCGGGCCACGCACGAUUUGCCGAAUACAUAUCCAGCAGGACGGUCUCUCACCUGAACGAUGGCGUAGAGCAUUUUCAGCUGGUUCUGGACCAGUGUCCGGUCGGCCAUCCUGACCAAGCAGCAGCUCUCACCCACCUUGCGUGGGCCCGCCUUCGAGGUUAUAUUCGAAAUGAUCUUCAAGACAUUGAUACCAUCACUUCCCUCUUCCGCGAAGCCCUUGCAUUGCGUCCGCAGGGUCACCCCGAUCACACACUAUCUCUAUAUUGUCUGAUUCUAGCAUUGAACUGGUGCUACGACAUGGAGGACACCGUCGUCUGCAUCCACGAAUCGGCGCAGCUGUGCUGCAAGCUACUGCCCCUCUGUCCAGAGGGCACCUACCUUCGUAACAUCGGCGUAGACAGCGAGGUUGAUUAUGUGGUCCAGCAAUGCAACAAUCUUCCAACUGAUGCAUCCAAUGAAGGCAUCCGCCUUCGACGAAACGUGCUCGAACUCUGUCCUCCGGGCCAUCAACACCGUCCCUGCGCCCUCGAUGAGCUUGCACAAGCAGUUAAGGCACGCUUUGACCAGCAUGGCAGCAUUGAUGAUCUAGAAGAGAGCAUACAACUUCGUCGUGAAGCUGUUUCUCUGUGCCCCGAGGAAGAUUCCAGCCGUGAUACCUACCUGAAUAACUUGGCAUUCUCACUCAGGUCCCGCUUUGAUCACCAAGGCAAAUUUAAUGACCUCGAUGAGGCCAUCACUUUGUACGAAGAAGCACUGCGUCUGUGUCCGGUUGGGCUCGAAUUUCGUGAUUUCUCAUUGGGAAACCUAGGGGGCGUCCUCCGCAUCCGUUUCAACGAACGAGGUGACAUUGAUGACAUCUCCCGAGCUAUCAGCCUCCUUCGCGAGGCAUUGACGUUGCGCCCAUCUGGGAAUCCAUAUUAUGACACCACGCUCAACAACCUUGCCCUCGCGCUUCAAGCCAGAUCUGGGAAUUCACAUGUCAGCGAGGAAUCUGCCGAGGAUCUUAACGAGGCCAUUUAUCUGUAUCGUGAAUGCCUUCGGCUAAAGGGGCAUGAUCAUCCCAAGCGCCAUAAAACUCUUUACAAUUUGAGCUCGGCGCUCUGCUCUCGUUUCACGCGAACUCGGAAGGAUGAGGAUAUCAAGGAGGCGAUUGAUCUCUGUGAAGAAUCAUUGUUGGCAUUGCCUUCAUUGCACCCAAGAAGAUUUUUCAGCUAUAUGUGGCUGCAGGUGGCCUAUAUGUCUCGUUACCGAGUGCACAACAAUCCUGUCGAUUUGUCACUUGCAGUGGAGAACUUCAGACUGGCGUCAGGACACCCUACUCAAGGAUUUCCAUCACGCAUCAAAGAGGCUAUAGACUGGGCUUGCCAAGCAGAAGUCUAUCAACAUGAAUCUGCCCUCGAGGCAUAUCAAAUGUGCUUGGAGUUGUUCGACAACCAUGUGAUGACGCGAUCGUCGAUCAUCUCACGGCGCGAAGCUGCAACCGCUUUCCGCGGUGCGCAGUCACUGCCAGUAGAUGCAGCAUCUUGUGCUGUUCGUUCCAACGAUUUGCAACGAGCUGUUGAACUCGUGGAGCAGGGUCGUGGCCAGCAAUGGUCGUUGGCCUCUCGCCUGAGGAGUCCACUUCAGGACCUCGAGGCCACAAAUUCCAACCUAGCUCACAAGUUCUCAGAGCUCAACCAGCGUCUUUCCGACGCUCAAGGUUCCGUAAUCAGUACAGACCGAGCUGCUGCUGAUCGCGCAGCAAUAAAGUACAGGAAACUGACGAAGCAGUGGGACGCUGUGGUAGCUCAAAUCCGUAAUAUUCCACCUUUCUCGCGAUUCCUGCUCCCGCCAUCGUAUACAGAGUUGCAAGUUGCAGCACGUCAUGGCCCAGUCAUCAUCCUCAUUGCGAGUCAAUACUCAUGCAGCGCCAUCAUUGUCCCAACGUCAGGGGAGCCCCAUCACGUUCCCUUGCCGUCGAUCACUCUCGCAGAUCUGGAGAAUCUCAAAGGUCGCUUUGCCUGGGCAAUACCGCAAGCAUCUCGAAUGGGCCUGACAGAGUCAAGGACUGACCUAAUAGUGCUCUUGCGGGCAGUAUGGAACGAUAUCAUGCUACCUAUCGUCAACGUACUCGAGAACGUUCUCGAAUUAAAGCACCGGUCUCGUAUAUGGCUAUGUCCAACUGCAGCUUUCACAGCUAUUCCUCUCCACGCAGCUCACCCCUUUAAAACGAAGGCAGAUCGCUCUGGGAGGGAGCCAUGCUUGGAAGAUCUCUACAUCUGCUCUUACACGCCUACACUUUCGGCUCUGAUCAGAUCUAGACAGAUGAUGAAGUCAUGUGGGAGUCCGUCCUUCGUGGCGAUUGGACAGGGUCAACCUGGUUCAGGGAAAGGUAAGGAACUCUUGGCUGUUGACAGCGAGCUCGAGCUCGUCCGGAAGCUCGUCCCAGCGGCGGUCAACCGUAUCACUAUUUCAGGCGAAGCAGCCACACGAGCAGGUGCACUCGAAGCUUUGGAACAGAACUCAUGGGUGCACCUUGCAUGUCAUGGCAAGCAAGACCACGACCAGCCUUACAAUUCCCAUUUCGUCAUGAGAGACGAGCCUCUCACGUUGCUUGACAUCAUGGAAAAAGACAUUCCGCACGCCGAAUUCGCAUUCUUGUCGGCGUGUCACACUGCUGCCGGCGAUAAUAAGAUGCCCGACGAAGUUAUCCAUCUCGCAGCUGGUAUCCAAUUUUCAGGGUUCAAGAGCGUCGUUGGCACGCUGUGGGAGGUCGAUGACGCUGUCGUAAAACACGUUGUCGAAGCUUUCUACAAGACUUUGUUUGAGGGUUUGAAGGAUGGGGGUGCUAUGGACUGUACGAAGGCGGCGCGGGCACUCAACCAUGCUAAGUACGCCGUGAUGAAGAAAGUGCCGCUCGAGCAGAGAAUUGUUUUCAUUCAUAUUGGUGUGUAGGUCCUGCUGUAUUGUCUUCAUCCCGUAUGCCGAGUUCAUGGGUUCUGCAUACUAUCGCAUUCUCUUUCGUUUACGUUGCUAUACUUAAGCUCCAAGUUGUAAAAAUUACCGAAUCACCCUGUUAUGUCUGUACGCACAUGCUCUUGUGCUCCACUGUUGUCUUGUUUUCGCUUUCGCAAUGUUUUGUUCACUCUAG